AUGGUAUCAAUGAGAGGAUAUUGGGGAGAUAUCAUAUUGAGUCCCUACGUAUCCUUCGCCAUCCAAUCCGAUAAUAAAGAAUUCUUUCUACGGCGUAAUAAUAAGCUCGUUAAGACGAGCCAAGAGGUGGCACAGUACAACACUGAAGAGAUUAUAAAUAUGAUCUUCAAAAAGUCCUCCAAUGUUAACAACUGCUGUGAAGGCGGGGAAGAUGAUGGAGGGAAGAAAGAUGGAGAUGAUGGAAGGAAUGAGGAUGAUGACGCUGCCCAUGAAAGUAAACACUACAAUGGCAACGACGACGAUGGUUUUCACAAGCUUGAUAACGUCAGAAUAAAUUUUCUUCCGACAAGCAUCAUGGAGAAGAUUCAUGAUAAAUCGAAAUUUCAAGAACUGUUCCACGUCGUUUAUGUCGGCACAAGUCAUUGGGAUUGUAUAAAUGAGAAUUUGGCGUCAAUUAUGAAGUCGCCGUGCAACAUCUACGUUGAAACCUGCAAAUUCCUGCUAGAUUUGAAAGUUGAUCAGAUGAAAUCGCUGAACGAUAACGUAAAUAAUCUUUUGGCGAAAGUUCACUGUAAGGGCAAAGAUAUGGACGCCAACGAUGCACAUGCACACUACACAUACGCCAUACAAACCUCACCAACCAACCUUUCCAACCCAUCCAAUUAA